AUGGAAACGGAACUAACAGAAAAGUUAAUUGCUAUGGGCAAAAACCUAGGCUUUGAGGGAAAGGAGCUUCAGGAAUGGGUCAAAGUAGAACGCGACAGAGCGCGUGAGGACCGAGCUGCCGAGCGCGAAAGAAGAAAGGAGGAAGCCGAAGCCACAGAGAGGUUGAGACGAUUAGAGCUCGAAGCCGCGAAGGAAUAUUUCGAGAGGAAAAUGAUGCAGCUUGAGAAGGAAAAGGAGCUACUCCUACUAAAGGCAGAAAAUGGUAAUCGGGGAGGAACGGAAAACCCCCACAUGGAUUCCAUAAAGUUUCAUGGGCUGAGUCCCCAUAAAUUGUUGCCACCCUUCGAUGAUCGUAAAGACGAUUUAGACGCUUACCUUGUUAGGUUUGAAAAGGUAGCCGAGGGUCAAAAAUGGGCCAGAGACCAGUGGGCAAGUGCCCUUAGUAUCUGUUUGACAGGCGAGGCAUUGGCGGUCUACGGUAGAAUGUCUCCGUCAGACUGCGUUGACUACGACAAAAUAAAACAGGCCCUGCUGCACCGGUUUAGAUUAACCGAAGACGGAUUCCGCGAGAAAUUCCGUGACGCUACGCCGAAAGAUGGCGAGACAGUAUCCCAAUAUAUCGCCCGCCUAGAAAAUUAUUGGGAGAGAUGGAUGGAACUCUCCGGCACUAAAAAGGACUACAACGAAGUGAAGCGAUUACUUCUAAAGGAGCAGUUGCUCGCCCACAGCGAAGAGAAGUUAACCGUCUAUAUACGCGAACGAAAGGGAGAAGAUUUGAAGGAACUCGUAACGCGAGCAGAGCAGUACGUAGAAGCUCACAACCUAAGGAAUUUCGGAAAGAAAUCAAGAGGAGGAAAAGAGGAAGGCAGGAACAAUGUCGAGAGAAGGAAUGAGCCCAGUCAUAAACGAGGCGACCUCAGCGAAAGGGACCGACCGCGAUGCUACAUUUGUAACAGGAUCGGACACCGACCACAAGAUUGCAGAAGCGCCGCGGCGAGACCACCACCAUUACCGAAGUGCAAACGAUGCGGUAGGAUGGGACACAGCGCCUGGAACUGCAGAGCUCGGGCCGAUGAAGAGGCAAAAUCAGCCGAUAAGGGGUUGUCUCAGGAGUCAGUAUCCUUGUGCAUACAAAAAGGUUUUGUAGAAUUAAAAGGCGGCACGAAGAUUCCGGUGGUACAGACGGCCGUGUCAGGAAGUAAGGGCCCAUAUGGGGUAAACAAGUUGCCAGUCUCGGAAGGCAAAAUCGGCGAAAGAACUAUCCAAGUUCUCAGAGACACUGGCUGCAACACGGUGAUCGUAAGACAAGAUUUGGUGAGCAGCGAAGAGCUAACAGGAGCCGUACACCCGGUAUUCCUCAUUGACCAAACCGUGAAAAUUCUCCCCGAAGCGGACAUUUUCGUGCGAACUCCCUAUUUCACGGGACGAAUUAAAGCCCGGUGCAUGGAUAACCCCAUGUACGACCUGGUCCUAGGCAACGUUGAAGGGGUACGGAGCGCCGAAAAUCCAGAUCCCGAUUGGGACACGGUUGUGACGAAGCCGGCAGCGAAAAUCGAAACCAUUCCCAGGGCUGCUCCCAUUGCCACCGAACUUGGCCAUACCAGUGACGACGAGCGCACCGAUCUAAAGGCCGACGCAAAUGACUCGCAAUGCUCGAUCGAAGAAAAUGGUAGUUUUGAAACUCAUGCUGUCGUCACAAGAAAACAAGCGAGGGAAAGGGACACGGUUUUCCGCAGACUGAAGGUCCCCGAAUUAGCAGAGGGAUUCAAUGCGGAAGAUUUUGUCCGGGAUCAAAAAGAGAACGAACCCCUGCAAAAAUGUUUCGCGGAAGUUGGCGUAAUGAAGAAAGGAAGAAAGAAGGGGAGCGGAAGCACGUGCUACGUGCUGGGUGACGAAAAACUCUACCGAAAAUGUACGAGUAAUGAAGGCGGAGAAGAAAUCCUGCAGCUCGUGGUACCUAAAAAGCACCGACAGGUAGUGCUCGAACUGGCUCAUAGCGGAAUGAUGGCCGGACACCUCGGAAGCGGAAAGACGGCGGACCGAAUUCUCAGCGAAUUCUACUGGCCAGGACUUCAAGCCGACACCAGGCGUUUCGUAGCCAGCUGUGAUAUUUGUCAGCGCACUACUCCAAGGGGUAAGACAGCUAGGGCCCCACUGCAGAAGAUGCCCGUGAUAGACACGCCAUUCAAACGGGUAGCCAUCGAUAUAAUCGGUCCAUUGCAACCACCGUCGUCACGUGGGAAUAAAUUCAUCCUAACCCUCAUGGAUUACGCAACGCGAUUCCCUGAUGCGGUAGCAUUGCCGAGUAUUGAAACAGAACGGGUCGCCGAAGCGCUGGUGAACAUCUUCAGUCGAGUAGGGAUUCCCGAAGAAGUCCUCAGCGACCGCGGAACUAAUUUCACCUCCGGCUUGAUGAAAGAGGUAGCCAGGCUAUUGUCAAUACGGCAGCUAACGACGACACCGUACCAUCCGAUGACAAACGGAUUAGUGGAAAAAUUCAACGGGACACUAAAAACGAUGCUGAAAAGAAUGUGUGCCGAAAGACCCCGUGAUUGGGAUCGGUAUCUUUCCCCUUUACUUUUUGCAUACAGGGAGGUUCCACAGGAGAGCUUAGGCUUCUCCCCUUUUGAGCUUCUCUAUGGACGCAACGUCAGAGGACCCCUAGCUAUCCUGCGAGAAUUAUGGGUCGAAAAAGAAAUUGAGCCUGAACUAAAGAGUACAUAUCAGUACGUUUUCGAUCUGCGAAACCGCCUAGAAGAUACGUGCAAGAUUGCGCGCGAAGAACUCGAGCGAGCCUCCGAGCGAUACUCUCGAUACUUCAAUGCACGGUCGCAGAAUCGACAGCUUAAACAGGGAGAUAAGGUACUCCUCUUGCUACCGACAGAGGCAAACAAGCUCACGAUGCAAUGGAAAGGGCCUUUUCCCAUCGCUGAAAAACGAGGAGCGGUUGACUACCUCGUCGAUUUGGGCCACAGGAAGAAACUUUUCCACAUAAACCUGCUCAAGAAGUACGAAGAGAGAAGGACGGCUCCCGAAUCGACAUCAACGCCGGUAGCCAUGACUGUACUGGAACUCGACGAUUCCAGCGGCGACGUCGACAUUCCGGAGUUCAACUGCAAGCCCAAGGAAACCCACCAGGAUAUUCAAGUUGCACAGACCCUAAGUCAGGAGCAGAAAAAGUCGUUGCAUGACGUGAUACAUAGAGCCGACUCCUUGCUGUCGGAAGUAGGAAGACAAACGUACUUCUCCAAAAUGGACAUGACCAAAGGCUAUUGGCAGGUGCCUCUGAGUGAGGAAUCGAAGGAAUUCACCGCAUUCUCGACUGCAAAUGGCCACUAUAAUUUCAAGAACAUGCCGUUCGGGAUAAAGACUGCUCCCGCAGUAUUUGCGAAGCUGAUGCGCCACAUCCUGCAAGACAUCCCGAAUGUGUACCAUUACUAUGACGAUUUGCUCAUAGCUACGACGACGUGGGAAGAACACGUUGCCAUCUUGCAGACGGUACUGCAUCGAAUCGAGAAAGCAGAGGAUCCAGGACGCGCCGAGACCAAAAACUAA